UUAGCCUUUAUCUUUUUCUUGAACUUCACGCUCAAGUUGUCACCACAUUGAUUAAUUACUACCUACUAUCCCCGGCACCGCCGCCACUACCACUACCACUACUACUGCCACCACCACAGCCAGAAAUCACCAUCACCAUCACACCAACGACUGCCAUAAGCUGACAACAUGCCCUCUUACCACUUAGCGCCCCGCGAGAAGCGCUACCACAAAUACAAAAAGGUCCUCUACCUCGAGCCGCCUACCAACGGCUGCAAGACCGUCCGCACGCGGAUCACCACCAUCGUGCCUCCUCCUGCCCCAGCUCCUGCGCCGUGCCCGUACCCGGAGGUGACACCAGCGCCGUGUCUCCCCGAGCCCGUCCCUCAGCCGCCGCCACCCCCUGUCAUCGUCGAGCCGGUGCCUCCUCCGCCACCGCCGCCGCCGCCGGUCGUCGACUACCCGGAGCCGCGGCCGGAGCGGGAGCAGACGGAGAUCGAGGUGAUCGCCGUGGACGUGGACCCGGACCAGUCGUCGCCGUCACGGGGCUCCAGGUCGUCGGGCUCGUCCUCGAGCUCGUCCUCGUCCUCGUCGCGGAGCGACCGCCGCGGGCACGGGCACGGCCGCUCGCGCGAGCGCGAGCGCGAGGUCUACGUCGAGCGCGAGCGGCUCGUCCCCGUGCGCGUCCCGGUGCCCUACCACGUGCACCACGUCGAGCAGGCAGCGCCGCCGCCGCCCGCCCAGGACUCGUUCCGGUACAUCGAGGCCCCGCGCCGCUACGAGGCGCCCCGCCGCCGGAGCACCCCCGACCACGAGAUCGUCAUCGAGGACCGCAGGCAUCGCAAGUACAUCCGCGACGGCUGAGCGCUGCCCGCGAGCCUACGCACCUCCUUAGCGGGGCGGGCGGCGCCUCCUGAACAAUACAAACUUGCCUACCCGACACCCGCUUACGCUUCGUACCUUGUGUUUUCCCCAAAAAUACCUUAUUUAUUUUUCAUACUGCUCCUAUCAUUGGUGUUCCUUUCACGGGGCUGCAUCGGCCUUUCGCUACGAUGAUUGCUAUUACUAUUACCUUCCUAUUAUUUUCCCCUUGCUGUCGCCGAGACUGAUGACGCUGCCUACGUCUACGACUACGAAUUUCCUACGUAACGAUAUAAACACGAUAACGCCGGCCGAUGAUGUACUACCACGUACUGUAAUGACAUAAUAAACAGGUCUAGGGGAGAGGGUGUGGUUAAGGGUCUCUUUUGAUUAUCAUAUGUAAAGGGAACUACCGGGUACUUACUACGCUGUCUGAGUUAAGACUGUCACGAGAUGCAUGGAGUCAUGGGCGAAAGCGCACGGAGAUCACGCGCAUCAUGACGGAGAGUGGCGAGUAUAUAGAAUGUAUUGUCACGGGCAUGAAGUUAGGAAGCUGGAAGGGACUGGUAUAGGUCGACGAUAGGGACGUGGAGAUGGAGAAGCGUCCGAGAGAUAGGUACAUAAUAGCACCUCGGAGAGACUUCAAUCUACUUCAUACGUACCCA